AGGGUUUGUUUUUCCUGUUUCUUUUCAGGAUCAGAAAUCAGCAAGAUGCAAGCCAUCAAGUGUGUGGUUGUCGGUGACGGCGCCGUCGGUAAGACGUGCCUGCUCAUCUCGUACACGACCAACGCCUUCCCCGGCGAGUACAUCCCUACCGUCUUUGACAACUACUCGGCCAACGUCAUGGUCGAUGGCAAGCCCAUCAACCUUGGCCUCUGGGAUACCGCCGGUCAGGAGGAUUACGAUCGCCUCCGCCCCCUCUCCUACCCCCAGACGGACGUUUUCCUCAUUUGCUUCUCCGUCAUCAGCCCCGCCUCCUUUGAGAACGUUCGCGCAAAGUGGUACCCCGAGGUCAGCCAUCACUGCCCCCAGACCCCCAUCAUUCUUGUUGGUACCAAGCUCGAUCUGCGCGAUGAUAAGGAUGCUAUUGAGAAGCUCCGUGAGAAGAAGCUCCAGCCCCUGACCUACCCCCAGGGUCUUCAGAUGGCCAAGGAGAUCAAUGCUGUCAAGUACCUCGAGUGCUCAGCCCUCACCCAGAAGGGCCUCAAGACGGUCUUUGAUGAGGCCAUUCGUGCCGUCCUUAGCCCGCCCAAGAUCACCAAGAAGCGUUCGGGAUGCAUGAUCCUCUAAUCGACCUGCCCUGUUACUUGUCGUUCAUGCCCCCUCCCCUUUUGUUUUUCGUGUUCUUCCUUUCAUGACUGGCUUCCGUUGCUGUGUCGUUUUCUCGGAAAGUCGUUCCUUCGCUACUCGCAUCCCACUCCUUCUUUCUUACAGCCAGUUCUUGUCUUGUGGCUCCAUGCUUUCUGUGUAUGGUUUGUUUGUUUUUCUUUUUCUUCUUUUUUUUUGCAUGGUCCACGGCAAAAAAAAAAAUGCCCAACUUAAACGUGUCUGCGGUGCAGCACCCUGGCACGACGGCUUGAUCCCUUGAUCACCGGUCAACACACUGAUGUCUUUCUUGCUUCUCGGAUGCUCCUGAGCAAUCGUCUUAGGUCUCGCGACGAAGAGUCUCGUGUGUUUUUACUUUCCCCUUCAUCGCUUAUUCCUCUCCGCCCCUCUUGUAUUGCUCUUGUGUGUUACUCUUUUUGUGCUCGUGGAUUGGAAUCAAACCGUCAAAAUGC